AUGCUUUCAAACAAACAUAAUGCGUACUCCCUAUCAGAAGAAGUAAUUGAAUUCCCACCUGAACUGGACUACGAUAACGUGAAGUUUGCGUUUUACGAUCGUAUCUAUGGUUGUUCUCACAAGCUAGAUGAACUUACUUGCCACACUGAAGCUUGUCCCUAUUCGGUUCAAAGGAUAAAAGGAUGUGGCAUACAAUUCUGGCAUGUCUCUCCUUCUCGGAAAGAUAGUGGUGGUGAAACCUUUGAAAUUCACGGAGAAUCGUCAUCUUCUUCAGAGGAUGAAGCAGAAUACAUAGAUAAUUUAUGUGUUGAUGACGACUACGAAAGCCUGCCUUCUUCAGAGGAAGAAGAAGAUUUGAACGUCAAUUUAGCUGACAACGAAGAGUUGAACUUCUCAUYUUUUUUUGUUGUUUCUCCUGCAGAGGCAGAAGAAGAUUCGGACAAUCUUCCAACUCAUUCUACUCUAACUCCAGAAGAUAUUGCCCAUUGGAUCUUUGAGUCUACGAACCAGUGCUAA